UCCAAUACAGUACGUAUUCUCAUAGGCCUGUGGUGCGGAGCAAUUUGUAUUCGUUACGUGCUCGGCGUGGUCGCCUCCCUCAACAUGUGAGGGUACUGAACCGAGCGAAUUGAACCGCGCAAAAGUUGUAACUCGGCUUGGCCUAUGUCGGUGGAACCGAGUUUCCCUGACAACAGUACAAGUUUGUUGAAUUUUCUUUAGUGUCAUCAAAGUGCGAUUCCGUUGGAUGAGAAAAUCCCCAAACGACGAUGCCCGAGCAGCAAAUUCCCGCCUACGAGAGGCCAUCUUCGAGCUCUUCGUCGGAGCCAGUAUCCCAAGAGCACUCCCUCGGUGCCCUCGAAGAACGCAGAAACAACGCAAAUGACCGCGAAAACCAGUUUGUGGCCAUUCGCAACCUGAUGAACAAUAAUCGCACUUCACGGAACGGUAUCCGUCCGGUGAUUCCACACAUCCCGUUCGAGCGAUCGUUCAUUCCUGCACCGACCCGAUACUAUCCGAUUGUGAUCCCAGCGGAACCGACCAUCGAAGACUUGUUGCGUCAAGCAGCCGGAACCAGUGAGUUGCACGUGGUGACCGAGAUCAAACUGAAAGUAAUCUCCCACCUGACCAGUCUGCAGAGAAUUCCGUUUUUCAUACCGAAUUUGCGGGCGCUCACGCUGGAGGGCAGUAUUGUGACGACCUUGAGAGAUUUGGGUUGCGAUAUGACGUCGCUUGUUUACCUGAACGUGAGUCGGUGCAGUUUGAAGAACUUGGAUGGCACCAGUGGGCUGGAGACGCUGGAGGAGCUGGUGGCCGAUUACAACACGAUCGAGGAAGUGGGUCCGUGCACCAAUCUGACCAUGAUCAAGAAGAUAAGCUUGAAAGGUAACCGGAUAACAGACCUCGGUAGUUGCACCUUCCUCGCGCUUUGUGAAAAUCUUGAAGUGCUGGAUCUUCGCGAGAACUUCGUUUCAGAGAAUCCUUCAUUCCGUCACAUGCUGAAGGAAAACAUUCCACAGCUCCGUUCCUUGAAUGAGAUUCCUUUCUCCGAAGUGGCUCGAGAGGAAAAUUCCGACAUGUCCAGCUCCGAGUAUCGAUCGAGCUCUUCGAGUAACGACGACGAACGUCGAGGCGGCCGCUGGGAUGUAGGAGGCGCCGGCGAUGGAGCUUGGAACGAACGGAGACUUCGACCGGCCACUAGUCAACAAGAGAGAACCGUUACUGUAGAGCUGUUGGACGAUGCCCGGCCCGCUUCAGCUGAUGCUACUAAAAUAAAGAGUCAGCUAACGUCCGGUGAGCCUAUUUGCGGAACUAUCGUUACAAAGGCGCGUCGAACACGACGGCAGCGCACCGCCUGGGGGGAAUCUACUUCUUGUUCCAGCAUGAGCAGCUCCGACUCAUCGUACUCGAAAGAUUUUCCCGAUCGCCUACCGCAGAAGCACGUCGAUUUGGAGCUGGGUGUUAUCGGAAUGCAAAACCAUUCGAGCGGAUCGGCAGCAGAUGCCACAACCGGUGGCGAUGAUUCACAAAGUUUGCUACGAGCGGCGCGAAUGUGGCGCCAACGAUCGCUUCAAACGCGGGAAGCCAUUCGGGAACAAGACCAGCUCACGAGGCAGAUGAGCGACGGUUAGCAACGUCAUGUGGGUUUAGAUAAAGAACUUUGUUGUUGAACAUAAUUGUACAGGUUUUAUUAUUGCUAA